AGCAACCAACGAGUGGUUUCAAAAGUUUCAGAAAAUUGAUGUACAUUUUUCUUUGUAUUUUUUAAUAAGUUGCAUAAGUUUUUUAUAAGUUGACGUAUAAAGUCAAAGUUUCACGGAACCUCUAUGGUCGGAAGGUGGGAACCAUGGUGGGAACGGCGGGAAGAACCGGCAGGAACCGACGGCAGCACAGGUGUUCUGUGCUGAAGUCGUGCUGUAGUGGUGCCGCGCCGGGUGAGUGUGCUUGCAUAACGGUCAAUGUGCUAACGGCGAGGGCUGCAAUAGACUUCAGCAGAGGCACACACUGCAUAACAAAGUUUUCACCCGACGUGAGUUUAUUCGAGAAAUUUUACUGCUUUUACUUGGGUACUUCUGUAAGUGAGGCUUUGUCUCCUUUGUUUUUCUGCGCCGUAUUGUGCGAUUGGUUGUUUCGCCUGUUUCCGUGUUGAAGAACAACUUAUUGUUUUGAGACGGGGACCGGGGGUACUAGCAUUUUGCGUGACACUGUGCUAGUUGCAUACACGCUCGAGAUGGAGGGCCUUAGAGCCCCACGUUCACACUCGGACACCUGUUGCAUGCAGAGUGCACCUGUGCAUGCUAACUCCAGAUCUAACUCGGGAACUUCAUCCGUCCAAGAAUCGGAUAAGUGCAGGUCUGAAACUUGGCAUCAGUCGUCUGGAAGCUGUGAUGGCAGGCAUGUGUCAUUUGCCAAAGAGCCGAACUCGGAACCAAAUGCGCAUUGUCGCCGAACAUCGCAUUCUGUUGACGACCUUGGCGAUCUCCAGACAGCGCGCGAAGCCGAAAAGAAAAGCCUCUUGCAGCAGCCCCGUGAGAAGUUUGAGACAGUCGCCGAUAUGACCGAUAAAUUUGUCCGGUACUUCACGACAAUGCAUUUGGAACGCGAGUGCACAGCCGGUGUGUACCUCUGCACUGUUUGUCUGUCAGCGCAGAGAACUCUUGUCAAAAUCCGGGAGGCGGUCAGGAAGGAUCCACCAGGUCGUCGUAUAGCUCUGAACAAUGGCAAGUUCAUGAAACUUUUGGUGAAACUCUGUAAACUCGAAUCACGUGGACCACCAAGUAUCUGCACUGUCACUAACAGAGAAAUGACAAACUUCUAUGAAACGCAGGCAUACCGUAAGCUUGCAGGCACAGUAAGCAUACUGGAAGAUGAGCAGAGUGAGGAGCUGUGGAAGUGCAUGCUUGGCCAGGCAGCAAAAAGUAUUAAACCACUUACUUACACUAUCAGUUGCCAAAGUGCCCGUAUACCUGGUGGUAGCACUUGCAUGUGGGACAAGGACUGUUACCAGGAACCACCACAAGAUAUGCUCAUAGGCCAACCCAAAGCUGUGCGUAAGGUGAAUCCAUUCCCUGUGUCCGACCUGAAGACUUUAGAUGUGAUCCGGUGCGUAGAUGCUCGACAUUUAAUAGUCUACCGUGGCGCCAAUGGCAAAGCUAGUGUAGACACCCUGAACUUGUUGCUGGCUGAGUUUCACCAAGGCUUGACUAGUGCACCUCGAGAAGAUCCUCCAAACGCUGGUGACAUUGUUGGCCUGUUUGUAUCGAGUGAUCGUUUGCUGAGAAUGCUUGUUGUCGAAGUGACUGAAGACAUGGCUGUGGUAUGGUCGAUGGACGAAGGUCAUUUUUGCAAGCUUCGUUGGAGCAACCUGAUUGAUGUGUUGCCAUCAUUCAGAUGCUUGCCACCUGCAGUUGGCCUGGCUGUCCUCUCAGAUGUGCAUGCGGCACCAUCCCUGAAGCUUUUGAGAGAAUGUGUGAGGACUUUUCAGACUGUGACAGACCACAGUGGCCAGGAAGGCUGCUGUUCUCUUGAAGCAUCCUUCCAUGUUGCCAUGGUGACAAGGGUCAAGGACUAUGGGGCAAUUGAAGUUCUCUCAAGCCUUCUCCACUGCCCAGACUUUGACACAAGGAUGAUCACUGCAACGUUUUUGACUCGGCUGUGCUGCCGUCACAUAGGACGCCAGGCUGUUUCAAAGGCAGGCGGCGUAGACAAAGUGCUAGGGCGCCUAAGGAAGCUGGUGGAUAGACGACGACAAAGAAGCAACUAUACAAUGAUAACUGAGGAAAAGCUUAUUUUGGUGAACCUCUUGCAGUCCAUGUUCUUCCGCAAUGAGGAGCUUUGCCUUGACUAUGCCGACUCGGACCAUAUUGCACUACUCAGCAAGAUUCAGGAAGGUUUAUCGCCAGCCUGCAAGCUCUAUGAAGAAGUUGAGUAUUGUCUACGCACAUUGCUUGGUCCUGCCUACAACAAAUGCAGACUCCCUGCUCAAGUUACGUGGGUUGCCAUGACUCCUGAAAAGUUGAAAAAUGAAAACCUUUCAGAUGAACCAAGUGUGGGACUGCAGUAUUACAAUGAAAAGAAUGCUGCAGGCCGCUUCUACAGGCGUGACAGCCUGGUGCCCUUUCGCUCGGACGAGACCCAUGAACUGCGACCAGUAUGCGACAUGCGAAAGGCAUCGACCCGCACGCUGACUAAGGUGGCCUGCUCAUUUCUGAAUUCAUCGAAGCCAUGUACCGUGUACUAUGGCAUCUCUCGUGAGGGCUUGGUGCAUGGUGUCAUGCUGAAUCGGAGGGAGCGCGAUGCCCUGCGCCUGGGUGUUGAUAUGAUGGAGCGUGAUCUGCGUCCUCGUCCGAUGCUAGAGAGCAUUGGCAUUGAGUUUGUGCCGGUGUUGCGCACUCCCACGGAUUCGCGUGAGACAGCCUCCUGCUUUGUUGUGGAAGUGAUGGUGCGAGGUGCUCCCGACACGCUUUACACUACUUCAGACGGUCGCUGUUACUUGCGCGAUGGCGACAUGACCUACCAGGCCACCACGCAAGAUGUGCGUACUAGGAUUGUUCAGCAGGAGGAGGCCCGCUACCUGCAAGCGCCAAACACUACUACUUCUCUAAGUCCUCUUCCCACCGAUGUAAGCCAGCCAUCACUUCAACCCUGGCACAGAGUUGUGUACUGAGCAACAGAGUCAUCUUUUUGUCAAGUAGAAAGUGAACCCUCCGUAAAGAAAUUCUAUUUCUUUGCCAAGUUAUAGGUUUCGCUAGCCAAGCAUAGGCGCUACUGCAUUUUUGGUUGUAUCACUGUAUUUUCUGGUCAAUACUCUCAUUCACGUUUCCUUUAUCCAUUUCAUUUGUAAGAUCCAGUGUGUUAAUAAGCAGAGUGUCUGCAAGUGUAUUUAAGAAAUACUUCUUUAUUUUUCUCAUAUUUCCUGAGGUCUUUUUUUUUUCCUCACCUUUAGUGCAAGCUCCUUCAUUGAGGUUGAGAAUGUGCCCGCUAUUACGAGGACCAUAAAAAUAAGCUUAAAAAGUUGCAUUUUUAAUGUCUGGGUUGACUUCUUGUGUACCUAAUGUGUGCAUUAAAAGGAACCUAAUUUUCUCCGACAAAAGAAAGAAGACUAUACUGACUUUUGACAAGUUCUAUAAUGUGUUACAAAGAUGUCAGCAAGACUUUACCUUGUCAUCUACCAAAUAAAGACAAUAUGAGUUUGUGGUUCUGCUAUGCUUUCACUGCAUGCAGCUCCUGGAAAAUUAACUCACCUCCUGCCCAUUUAUGAACAAUGUCCCGGUUGGGUACACAUUAAAAAAAAGUGUGGUGAACAAGCAUGAGUAAGCGUAGCUUGCAUAAAGGUGACACGCGUACUCUUACUCUUGCAGACUGGGUUCGCUAGAAUUUGACAUGCGCAACUGAGGAUAAAAAUAUCGCAUUAGAAUUCAUGACGUUUAUGUGGCAUUUAUUGUCGUGUAAACCUAAAUUGUUCUGGUUUGUUUGGAUUUUCUUGCUGUGGUCACCAGAUGAAUAUCUACAGUAUGCAUUCAUUUUGUGACAAUUUUAAAUGUGGUUGUCUCAACACUUCAUUCAUAUUACCAUAGUUUUGAUAAAGGUGCUAGUCAAUUUUUAGAAUUCACAAAUUUCUUCUGAGAUGCAGGAACUUUCAUUUUUCUUAACACCCUGCAAAUGUAUAUUUGCCCACAGGAAUAUGGGAUGCACUAAACUCUCUUACGCUGCUUAAAACCCUAAUUUUAGCUUGAGAUGGCAUUCCCCAUUGGUUCAGUGCUAGUCGUAAUGUACUUUUUAUGAGUGCUUUGGCAAAAUGUUGCCUUGUUUUAAUGCUCUCAAUGUCAUAUGGUUCACAGCAUUGAUUUUAUCAGCUGGUUUGACUGCAAAAUGCUUGUUAUCUUCCAUUAUUUAACUUUGCCUCAAAGCUACCAUAUAGCAGCACCAAUUUUGGACAAAAUGCUGUUUUUCUAUAAAUACAUUGCACAUGUAGCACUAGUAUCGUGCUUCAUCUGAAAAUAUUUUUUUAUAUACCGCUUUUUGUGCUUUUCGCCUUGUUUACUUUUAAGCAGUAACAAGAUAGCAGUUUAUAGUGAAUUGCUAGCUUAUGUUGUUGCUUGUUACUUCACUUGCAAGUUCUGAUGCAAUAUUUCACUUCUGGUCCAGUUAUUUGUUAAAUAAGGAUUUUAUAUUGUCAUACUACAUGUUAUUUUUUCAUAUCCAUGCCAAGUGCCAAAGUCAAAGGAGUCUAUUGGUUCAACAGAAGUAGUCAUAUAAUGGUAGUGUGUGCCACUAAUUGUUGUAUGGCAUCUUGUUACACUUGUUCGGUGUGCUUUGAUGUAUAAUCUGAAAUAUUCUGGCAGUUUGUAUUUGCUCUCUUUCUGAAGAGUUAUUUUGUAGUCUUAUCAUUUCUAACUCUAGGAAAAUAAGACUUCCACAAGGUAUUGCUUGGACAAGGCAUAAAACAUAUUGUUUAAUUUGCCUACCGUCAUACUAUGUAUGUUUUCCUCUGAGUCUCUCCUAUAAAGAACGCCUGCCAACUGCUGAAUACAUUGUGUAGGGAAUAGGAGAGAGCUUUUUAUUUUACUAUUUAGUUUUUAGUAUGUUUUUAUUUUAGUGUGUAGAAAGAUCUACUGUAGUUAUAGCAUUGUUCUAUGAAAGGGAAAGUAACGUAAACCAGAGUGCAUGCCAUCACUGUUUGUGUGAUUAAAUUGUUGCACUUGCAUAAUGUGCUGUGAUAUUUUAUCUCAACUAUUAUGACAUUUAAUUAAACUUGUAUGUGUUAAUUUUUCAAAUAAAGCAUCCUUCAGUAGG